AUGCAUCGACCUAUUCCGCAGUCAAGGUUGGAGAAAAGCCGAUACAAACCAGAACGAAUGGGUAUUUCGAAUCACGUGCAGAAAAUCGAUGAUUGCUCUCGAGAACAACUAUACGAGAACUUCCCCCGUACUGGCGUCAUACGAUCAUAUGACUUCACCAUCAGCCGCGGCCUCAUCGCACCAGACGGAUACCAGCGUGACGCCCUGCUCGUCAAAGGCGCAUCCCCCGGUCCCCCCAUAGGAGCCAACUGGGGCGACACCAUCCAAGUCACGGUUCACAACAACAUCUCCGACGCGGAAGAGGGCGUUGCCCUGCACUGGCACGGCUUCCUGCACCACGGCAAGCCCUGGGAAGGGCGUCCCCGGUUACGCAGGCGGCAUCGUCGGGCCAAUAGUCAUAUACGAACCUCGAACGAGGAAGUCCGACGUGGACGUUGGUCCAUUAUGCUCUCGGACUGGUACCACAAGGAUUACUUCACUUUGGUAGAGGAGACGAUGAAACCAGACGGCGGGCCAUUCAAAUCGGACACCAGCCUGAUCAAUGGAAAGGCAAACUUUGACUGUACCAAGCUCCCGGCCGACGACAAGACCCCGUGCAGCAGCAUCGCCGGGCUGGCAACGUUCCGAUUCAAGCGCGGCAGAACCCACCGGCUGCGCCUCAUCAACUCUGGCUGCGAGGCGCUGCAACGCUUCACCAUUACCAUGACCGUCAUCGCCAACGACUUUGUGUCCGUGGAGCCCUACGACACCAAAGUGGUGACGCUGGGCAUCGGGCAGCGGACAGACGUCCUCGUCAAAAGGACACCCGGGGCGCAAAGAGCGUGA